UCCCCAUGACAAUAUGCCUCUCGCUAAUGAACUCCUUUAUCCCUUUCCAGAAGAGGAGAGGAGGAAACACAGUAAGUCCCUGGUGCAGAGCCCCAAUAAUUACUUCAUGGAUGUGAAAUGCCCAGGAUACUUUAAAAUCACCCCUGUCUUUAGCUAUACACAAACAGUAGUUUUGUGUGUUGAUUGCUCCACUGGUCUCUGUCAGCCUACAAGAGAAAAAGCAAGGCUUACAGAAGGAUGCUCCUUCAGAAGGAAGCAGCACUAAAAGCACCUCGAAUCAAGAAGAGUGGGGUACCAUCCCAAUGAACACAUUCUGGAUUUUUUA